AUGACAAAGAUGCUCGAGACGCACCCGUGGGCUGGCAUUUCGUGCUGGAGCACGCCAGUGCCGAGCACUAGCGACCGCCUUCAUCGGUUGGUCGUCUAUCAAGAUGGCAAAUCUGUGAGGACCUCUAUAUUCCUGGACAUGACCCGCGCUCGCCUCAGGAACAUUGCCGACUGCGCUAUCGGCCACACAAAUAUGCUGCAUGAUCCGGGCGCGCUGAUCGUCGACUACACCGCGCCCGCCGGGGUAUUUGCUUGCCGUCAGCUCUACGAUGAGCUGGUUUUAUUGACGGCCAAACGGGGCGUGCUCAUUGUGCACCGCCCGUUCACAAUGGGAACAGCUCCUCACGAAGCAGCUCCAGGACGGCAGUGA